AAUAUUAAGUAGAAAUAUUGCAGAACGAAUGAAAAUUGGCCAUUUUUACAUAAUAUUACUACACUAAUCCUAAACGUAUUUUAAUAAAGAUAGUAAGAAUGUCGAAAAUUUCAAUUAGAGAUAUUAAACCCGAUGAUUUUAAGCAUUUAAUUAAAAUGUUUCACGAAAUGAAAGAAUUUGAAAAAUUGGAAGAUGACAUUACAACUACACCUGAGAUUCUGAAUAGGGAUUGUUUCGGACCAAAUAAAUUCUUUUCGGCUAUUGUUGCUGAGAAUGAGAAAAAAGAAAUCGCCGGUUAUUCGAUAUACUUCAAGGCCUAUUCAACUUUUCAAGGUAGAAUGCUCUAUAUGGAAGAUAUAUAUGUCGUACCCAAUUACAGGCACUUGGGCGUUGGUAAGAAAUUACUCAAGAAGGUUGCAAGUAUCGCGGUUUCUGAAGAUUGUUGCAGAAUACACUUUGCCGCUUUAGAGUGGAAUAAGAAUGCUACAAAUUGGUACAAGAAAGUUGGUGGAAUAGACCUAACCGAUUUCGAAGAAUGGCACCUAUUUAGAAUAGGAAGAGAAGCUUUGGAAAAGUAUUCAGAAUGA